AUGGCGACUACUAAAAUGCACCUUCCAAAGAGUUGGGAUGACAAGAGUCUUCUAGGGGAAGAGCCUUUUCUCAGCACCUUUCUCGCUCAGAAACUGGAAACCACCAGGCGAAGCGAUCUACGCAGCCUAACUGCAAACGUCGUUCAGCAGCUGAACCUGACCAAAGGCGGCACUGCUGCUGCCCAGUCCUGGCUUGAUCUCGCUUUUGUUCGUUACAAUGGCCCUAAUACCAAGCCAGCGCCUAGGGUCCUACUGGAUAGUAAAACUCUCCACUUUUUUGUCACAUUUUAUUGGCAUCUCUAUUAUUACGGCGAGAAGUCUGCCUUUCAGCUCCUGAAGAAGGAGUUGGAGUCCAGGGGUCGUUGGUAUUACCCACAAGGUGCAGGGAUCAAGCCAAACACCAAUCCUCCUGGUGACUAUUCGCGACGCCAUGGCAGGGCUAUUAAAAACCGGAAAUUCAAACAAUUACCAAAAGAUACAAAACCCAUAGAAUUAGACUCCCUACCAGCAACUCCGUCUUCUUUUCAACUUGAUAUCAUUUCACACGCCAAUUCUCCACAUGCUAAUUCGCAACAUAUAAUUCUUCCUGGCUCAACCAAGGACCAGAAACAACCUGUUGUUGUUGCCAAAGGACGGGCUAUACCAGAAGGCCAUGCAACCUGUGAUACAAGUUUUGAACCCACCAGAUUGACCGCAAAGAAGAAGAAAAGGACACGACCUAACAGGUCAAAGCCGCUGAAUUCAAUAAAUUCAGUCCAACAAAUUGCAGCGAAUCCGGCGAUUCUGCCUUCGCAAUUGAAGAACAAUCCGCCCGACUUAGGUUUGGAUGUCACCGUUUCAUUACCAGUGAAGGAACUAGCGACCAAAGAACAGUCGAUUCUUAAUGCUCAUUCAACAGAAAAUCUUACUUCGUCGACGUGUUCAAAUGAGACGCCAUUGUCCCCCCCUCCGACUGAUUCGCUGCCUGCAUUUGUCAUGCAGCAGUUUAUUCCCUCUCCUUUGCCAAUACCCCGUAACCAUCACGAAAAUAUCUCUUGCCAACCGCCUGAAUCGAACACUCAUAAUCUACUUGUACUGGAUGAAGAAGCCACUCUUGAGAAAGCAGUUGUCAAGCAGGAGUUUAUACCCUCUCCUUUGUCAACACCCCGUAAUCAUCACGAAAAUAUCUUUUGCCAACCGCCUGAAUCGAACACUCAUAAUCUACUUGUACUGGGUGGAAAAGCCACUCUUGGGAAAGCAGGUAAUGCCGAACCAGCAUGUCAAAUUCCGCUUUAUCAAGAACCUUUGCCCCACCACCCCCCGAUCUGGGCAGAAACGCGUCAGGAAGUUUGCGAGUCGUUCGAUUGGUUUAGAAGUUAUCAAGGUGGGGUUUACCAUACCCAUGGCAUCGUGAAAGGCUACCUCCUUAGCGCUUUCUCAUCAAAGUCAGGUCGUGUGCACCAAAAUUCUUUAACCUUGCUAAUUUGCAGCAGACGCGACAGGUUUGAACAUGGCGGCCGACUCAUUAUAUCCCACGGUGGGGGCAAAGCGGAAAGUAUCCAUGCCCACGAAGGUAGAUUUGCUCCGCAACCGGCUGAAGAUCAACUUGCCCAGGAUAAAUCAGUCCGAGCUCUCUUAAAAAAUUUCCAAGAUAGUCGACCACUUGUUCUCCUCAUCGACGACAAAUAUGUCCUUUUUCCGUAUGAUCUUGGUUCCAAGGACGUCACAUAUGCAGUCUUGGGAUUUUACAAGAUCGUGCAUGUUUGGGCUGAAUACCAUCCAUCGAAUAAUACGAGAGGGCAGGUCGUUAGGUACAAAUUUGCUUUUCAAUGGUGUGAAGGCCAGGGAGAGCCUUGGUGGUUGUCUCGGUCACGGGAAUAUGAGCUCACUGCAUCUCAGAUGCCCAGAAUGGGUGGUUCAUCCAACCUGCCUCUUGCGAAAGUUGAAGAGUACAACCUGAGCAGCUCAAGGCACUCAUCGCCUGUCGGCAUAUCUUUCACUUGCCGUCACUGCCAGCUGGAUUCUCCCCAUGUUUAUCAUCAAUCUUGGGCAUGCUUGAACCCUUCUUGCCCACGUUUCUGGAAAACCAGCUAUGGGCAGCACAUGCCCGAUCAACUCGAGUAUCGCCCUGAAUUUUUGGCGUUGAAGGAGGAAUGUCACUUGCCUAUGGGCUUUGGAGAUCUCAGGCCGUCCGUACCUGCAGCCGACAGCGGAAUUAAUACGACCUAUGCGUUUAGCAGGGGGUGGCAUUGUCAAAAAUGUGGUCGACUAUCUUGCAGGUAUGCGUUGAUCAAGAGGGACAGUAGAUGUUUGAGAUUCAAGCCCCCUAGAUUCAAGUGGCAAAAGUGGGAGUGCCGCUUCUGUCAGAGUACUUAUUCAGUGCCAGGCAGCAUUCGUCUGCCAAAUGAAUUUUGGCCUCUCGAAAGACAGAUCCAGAAAAGCUGUCAAAGUCAUCUUGUUGGCAAAAACUCAGGAGUUCAAAGAGAAGCCAUGAAGCCUUUCGUUGUUGGGAGUACCACAUGUCAAUACCAGACGUUUAUCCUACCAGAGGCGAGAGGUCGUUUACACCACAUCAUGGGGGGUUCACCAUUUUCGAGAGCGGAAGCGGACACAAUUUUCAGAGAAUAUCAAGAGCAAGCCUUCAGCGGUGAACUCCCAUUCCGCCGUUGGCCCUUAAGAUCUCAUAAAUUAAGUCGUGCUUGUCUCUUCGAUGAUUCGUUGAAAAAUCUCGAUAGCUGGGGAGCCCUACCAAGUGCCGCCAAUACUGUACCCUUUGACAGGGCGCCAGGCGCGGUUAUCAAGGCCCGUGAUUUGAUCCAAAGUCGAAUUUUGGCAGCGUUGAAUAUCACUGCCACAUUCAAUGAGGUGCUCAGCGCUGCUUACAUGGAAGGACAAAAAAUGGCAGUUGGUGACAGUGAGAUUGGUUUGGGACCUUUUGUUGCAGGACUAUCCCUAGGAGCUCCCGCCAUGAUGCACUUUCGGCUGCAUGCGAAGCAUGAUCCAGAAAGGAAACACAAGGGCUCAGCGAUAAGUUUCAUCUUGCGACAUGGUGAUAUUCUAGUCAUGGACGGGGCGGACGUACAGGAAUACUAUGAACAUACCGUUAUACCCAGCGAUUUCCGCAUUGCCGCAACCGCUCGAUUUAUUAAGCCAGAGCACAACUAG